GUGCGCAGCCGUUCCGCGGAGGGACGAGGCACAGCCGCGGAACCGCCGCCAGAUUCGCUCUCAGUCCACGCCGCCUGUCGCGCCGGCCGUCGCGCCGCCCGCCUGCCCCGCGUCCGCCGCCGCCGCCGCCGCCGCCGCCGCCGCCAUGGGAGUGCAGGUGGAGACCAUCUCCCCCGGAGACGGGCGCACCUUCCCGAAGCGCGGCCAGACCUGCGUGGUGCACUACACGGGGAUGCUUGAAGAUGGAAAGAAAUUCGAUUCCUCCCGGGACAGAAACAAGCCCUUUAAGUUUGUGCUGGGUAAGCAGGAGGUGAUCCGAGGCUGGGAAGAAGGGGUUGCCCAGAUGAGCGUGGGUCAAAGAGCCAAGCUGACUAUCUCCCCAGACUAUGCCUAUGGCGCCACUGGGCACCCAGGCAUCAUCCCACCAAAUGCCACUCUCGUCUUUGAUGUGGAGCUUCUAAAACUGGAAUGACAGGAAUGGCCUCCUCCCUGAGCUCCCCAUUCUUGGAUGUGCCAUGGAAGGAUCUGGCGCCUCCAGAUGCGCACAGCGAGUCCGUACGGAGCUUUUCCUGAUGUUCCACUACACUCUUUGUAUAAACAUCUUCCCUGACUGAAUGUGUUCUGUCACCGGCUUUGCUCUUCCCCUUUCUCCUCGUAUGUGUGUUGACCUGAACUAUAUGCCAUAAACCUCAAGUUACCCAUUUUAGUUUGUUUUCGUUUUGGGGUGAAGAUUGAGUUUCAGUCCUUUGGAUCUAGGUUUCCAGUUAAGUACUAGUCAAGUAUUAACAGCACAAAUAAUGGGUUAACUUUAGAAUAGGAAUUGGUGUUGGGGGGAGUGCAAGAAUCUUUAUUUUAUUUUAUUUUUUUUUUGGAUGAAAGUUUUAUCUAUUAUAUAUUAAACAUUCUUGCUGCUGCGCUGCAAAGCCAUAGCAGAUUUGAGGCGCUUUUGAGGGCCGAAUUAUUCUCCAAGUUGAGAGAUGUCCUCGGGUUGAAUUAAAAGCCCUACCCAAAACUAAAGUGGGAAGGGGAGAGCCUUUGCCUCCACUGUCCCACUCCCACCCUCCCCUUAACCCUCUGCCUUUUGAAAGCAGAUCAUUUUCACUGAGAUGUUGGACACUACAGGUGUGUGUCACCAGGCCAGCAGGGACCUCUGAAGCCUUCUUCAUGGCCUGGCUUUUUUUUUUUUUUCCAUCCUGUGGUUUUUCUAAUGGAUAUUCAGGACUUUUGUAAUCUCAUAGCUAUCCAGGCUCCACUUCCUAAAUUUUAAGAACUUUAAUCGAAAGUUAAAUUGAAGGUGCUGUUUGUAGACACUUUAACACCCAUGAAAGCCCAGCCAUCAUGACAAAUCCUUGAGUGUUGUCUUAAGAAAAUGAUGCUGGUCAUCACAGCUUCAGCAUCUCCUGUUUUUUGAUGCUCAGCUCCCCCUGCUGAUCUCAGAGUUUCCUGGCUUCUCCUUCUUCCCUCUCACCCUCUGCUGUCCUGUGUAGUGAUUUGGUGAGAGAAAUUGCUGCCUACUCGCCCACCCCCACCCCACCCCCUGCACUACAUAUGAGUUUCAAGUUUUAUUAUUGCAAUAAAAGUGCUUUAUGCUGGCUUUUCUCA